CGUUCAAAUGAUCCCAGAUUGCAAUGACUAUUUCACGAUAGCUCGUAGAUGCUUUAAGGUGUGAAUUGUUUCCGCAGGUGAAGUUGGAUUGACAGUUAUCGAUCAAACAAAGUCACGGACAAAAGUAGCUUCUAAAGUCUGUUUGGGCUAUGACACAUUGCUGAAGAGAUAAUGGAGCCAACAGACCAUGCCACAGAAGCCGACCCCCUGAAGAGGGAGGAGGAUGGGGUUGAGGGUGGUGGAACGGCACCACCAGCGCAGACCAAGAAGAAGAGUUUGGGUCUGGCCAAGUUGUCCCACUGGAGGACGGCUGCCUUCUUCCUCUCCCUCUUCCUCUGCCUCAUCAUCGUCUUCGCCUUCUCUUUCAUCAUCCCCUGUCCCGUCCGUCCGCAAUAUCUCACCUUCUGGAACCGCACCUUCCCCCAUGCAGCCACCUAUGAUUUCCUGGCCAUUGAAGAUGCAAGCAAAGACAAAGUGAUGGACGUGUUGUUUAUCCUGAAGGCCCAGGAGGGCAGUCAGAACGUUAGUUGUUUUGCUGAAGGUCUGGACACACCUUGUGUGUUUGUGUCGGCGGUAGCAGGGACCAACGGGGAGACUCUGUGGGAGCGGCCCUUGGCCCCUGAGUUCCACUGGGCCCAGUGUGGUCUGGACGGCCUUGGAGGAACCGACAGGGGCUGCCUGCUGUCUCACUCCAACCAGCUCACUGCCAUCAACAAAUACACUGGAGUGGUGACGUGGGCGCGGCCCCAGCCUCCCAACCUGAGGAGUACCUUACCGGUCCUCAGUGUCUCAGACCUGGAUGGGGACGGGGUAAGCGACGUGGCUCUGGUGGCGCCCAACCCAACGCAGACACAGCUGACGAUCCUCUCAGGGAAGACCGGUGUCCAGAUUGGCUCAGAGGUGGUUCUUGACACAGCUGAGUGUGCCAUGCAUCUACUCCACUCCACAGGGAAAGGCUCCAACUAUGUACUGCUCCAGAAAGACUCGGGAUUGUAUGGCCUGGCCCUGUGGAGGAUUGCAGCCCAGGCUAAGGCAGGCAUGGAAAUAAGCCUCAAGAAGGACAAGCACUGGGAGCGCAAAGCCAAUGACUCCUCUGGCCUUGUAUCAAUCUAUGAAUCUGGGACAUUGAGAUAUGUGUUAAGGACAGGGAAGGCAGAGGGUCCCUCCAACCUGCUAUUGGUCACUGGGGGCAGUGUGGUGCUGAUAGAUGGUGACAGUCUGAACUUACUGUGGAGAGUCAACACCAGCACAGUCCUCAGCGAGCCUUCUUUUGGCCACUUCAACAAAGAUGGCACACUCGACAUAGUGAUCGAGGAGGACAUUGGCAACCACAUUAAAAGGGUGGUGAUCCUGGACGGAAACACUGGAGGCACAGUGUGGGAGGUCAACCUACUGGCCAGCCCCAACUCACCCAAGCCAGCCUCAGUCAACACCAUCAACUCCUUCUCUGUGUUCAUGUUCUGGGGGCUGAUGCCCUCCGAGGCCAACGCUACUAGGGAUUUGAGUGAGGAGCGGCGCUCCUACAUGCUGUAUCCCCACUACUCCUCAGUUCUCCUGGAGAAGAGCAACGUCAUGGACCACAUCAUCGCGUUUAAAGCCACUCUGUUGGAGCGGGGGCGCCACGCCUGCUACAUCAUGUUGACGGGGCCCGAGGGGGAGGGGGCCGAGGGGACAGUGGACCUUAGCAAGCGCAAACUGAAACAGGACGUCACCGACAGCCGGGUCCUCCGCCUGGGCUCCAUAAGCAGCAAAGACACUAACGAGGACAUCAAAGAGGCCUUCCAGAGACUGCGUUUCAGCGAUGAGUGACAGGCCACUGUUACCAUGACAACAUUGCUGCUGAUAUCAAAACUGUGUUACAAUAGAUAUGACAACCGUUACUGCUGACAAUCAACCAACUGUGUAGCUAUGGUUACCUUAAAGCUGACUACUAAACCUUCUUCUGCUGACCUUGUAUUCCAACUGUCCCAUCAUGACAAUCAGAUUAAUUUAGCUCAGUUUUCUUAGCGUGGAAAUAGGCAAGGUAGAGGCAGAUGUGGCUUUGGGUCGAUGCAACCAAUAACUGCCCUAAUCACAGAAGACUGCCAGGGUAUACCAACCAGGCAAUAUGGUAUUAUCAGGUACUGUAUCUGAAUUCAUUUAUGCACAACUAGUAGGCUACUGUGUGGGAUAGUUUUUAGAUACCUUUGCUGUAGCAACUUCAGCCUAUGUAAAGGUGGCCAAAGUGACUAAGCGUUUAUGUUAUGCAACAAAAAGAGGCACUAAAAGCCCCAAAGAGCUGCAUGGGCAACCCUGUGGUUAGUGGAAAUAUCUUAAGGGUACUGCUUCCAUAUAAAAUUACAAGUCAUAGCCUUAUAUUGUAGCCAGAGGUACUGUGAUAGAUGACAAUCAGAUGAAACUAGUAGCAGGUACUGUACUAUUCCAAGUUGCUGUAAAUUAGGGUAUAAUUUAAAUGCACAUCGAUAGAGCUGUAGGCCCUGUAUGAGGGACUCAAGCCUUGAAAGUUGAACGUUUCUGGUGAUCUGUGUGUUGAUGUUCAAAUCAGGCAAAAGAUAAAGGGAAAGCUUGAGAAAAUUAUUAUGCCCCCCCCCAUCUCUUAAAAAAAUGUUUUAAAGUGAUCUUGAAUGGGAAUGAGGGUUUUAUAGUUUGCCUUAUACAUGAAUAUAUUGAACCUUAUUUUUGA